AUGUCCCGUAAUUGUGGGGAAUGCGGGGGAACCACCGUAUGGGACGAGGACGCCUCCUCCUCCAUCUGCCAGUCAUGUGGAACCCUCACGGACCCUUCACAGUCUGUGCUUUCGUCCCACAUCGAUCAGCCAGAGAACACUCGCCAGAAUCAUUUCCUGAAUCCCAACUCAGCCGCAACCACCCUCAAAAGUUUCCGCACCAGGCAAGGAUGGGACCUCGCAGGUCAAGGGAAAGAGGCGAGAGAGAGCCGGAACACCUACACCAUGCACGAAUUCAUCAGAUCAUUCUGUGCUGCCUUAUCAGUACCCGGUCUAUCUCCACGGGUAAUCAUCUUGUUCACUCAAGCUAUGGCCGCUGGGCAGUUUCGUUGGGGAAGAACAGCCAAACGCGUUGCAGGCGCAUGUCUCGCCAUCGCCCUUCGAGAAACAAAUCGACCGGAUGCAAUACGUGAUGUAGCUUCCAUCUUGGAAGAAUCCCCAGUUGUUCUAACUCGGACUUUCAUGUCCGUUCUUACUCUACUCAACCACAACCUCAGCCCCGUGGACCCAGCCAUGCACGUCCCUGCUUUGGAAUUACACCUAAAUUCCAUUGUCCGAAACCCCGAAACGUCGAACAUUCCAUCCACGUUGGUUAAGAAGUUGCGUAUGCUCCAUAUUCCCUCAGUCAUUCGAACCGUUCAAUCCCUCAGCGACAUCAUAUAUCGGCUAGGUGAAGACAGCGAAGUCACGACACUACCCACUGGUCCCACGGCUGCAGCUCUCCUCAUACUGGCUGCAGAAGCCGAGACGCGUUCUUCAUUGCCCAAUAUCAAAGAAUUGGCCCAAUGUCUCGCGUCGACAGCAAGCUGGCAAGCUUCUGUUGUGAUGGCAAGAUAUAAACUACUUUCAGAUCUAAUUCUGGGCUGCGUGGACAAAAUACCUUGGCUCGAUAAAUAUGAAACUGUGAAAGGACGGGCGAAGGUCGCUCGGCGAAUAGUUGUUGCUCGCUCCAUCAAAGACAUGAUCCAGUUCUACGAGGAUAUUUGGGUCCAGAAGCGCGAAGAACUGAGGAAGAAUGUAUCCUUUGAUCAUGGUGAAGCUAUCUGCGACUUCGAUAACGAUGUCACAGAAAUGUCUUCGUCGUCUUCCAUUUACAGUGCCCAAGAUGACGCGGGUAAAGCACCUCUAGGGCCGCCUCGCAAAAAGCGUAGGGUCGACAAAUCGCUCGAAGAUGCUCAUCUCUUUAUUCUAGAUCCUCUUGCCCAUCGGAUUCCCUCCUCGUUGUCUUCAGUCCCAGUCCCUAUCGAUGAUGACGAUGAUAAUCCGCGUCAGGCAGCUCCGCCGGGCCUGACUUGUACUCCGCCGCCGCUCAAUCCCAGUCCCCCAUCCCUCAUGACAUACAUGCUCACCGUGCCACCAUCUACGGAUGUCGUGCGGGCCCCGACACGCCUCCAGCUCCUCGCCACUACGCGCGGUGGAGAGUCCGCUGUCCAUGAUGACGAACUCAUAUCCGAUAGCGAAUGGGAGCAGAUGCUGCGAACGGACGAAGAGAUGACGCAGCUGCAGGCAAUAUGGGAGCAGAUAUCGCCAUGCGACACUGACAUAAGCAAGGGGGACAGAGUACCUUCGCGAUCACGCACACCAGACGCGGCGGGUAAGCACAAGCACCAAGUCCGGGUUCCAGGGCGUAUCAACAUGGAGGCAUAUUCGCGGCUAAUGCAAGGCCUCGGUGACAACGACGACGAGGAAGAAUCGGACAGUGCCGAAGAAGGCACCUCGUACCUCAAGAAGGCCAUCAAUAGCUCCAUCGUCGACGCUUUUAUUCACGGAGACGAAGAGGUUAUUGUCGAUGAAUGGCGCCCGCUUUCCCCAGGUACUGGUCUUCGUGCAGAAGAUCACUAUGACGAAUAUAACGACUGA